ACAUCUCACAUUAUCAGUCUUUUCUGUGGCUUCUAAUGGUUCGGAUUUUUUCCUCUGCUUUCACCUCUAUCUAGGCCACAACUGAUUUAAAUUCCGAGUCCUACUGAACCGCCCUAGUUUAUUAUAAACCUGACAAGACAGUCAACACAGACGAGACACAAUGCCUGCCUACCAUUCCGGUAUCAGCCUCAACAAGAGCCUGGCUAAUAUGGCUCUGCUUCCCAUCAAGACACAGUACAAAGGACCAGCCCCUAAAGAGGUUGAUGAAACAACACAGGAUAUCAUCGAUGAAGCGAUAUAUUACUUCAAAGCCAAUAUUUUCUUCAGAAACUUCGAAAUAAAGAACGAUUGCGACCGUACGUUAAUCUACAUCACACUUUACAUCACGGAAUGUCUCAAGAAACUGCAGAAAUGUAGUUCCAAAAAUGCAGCCCAGAAGGAGAUGUAUACAUUGGCACUGAAGAAUUAUCCGGUUCCUGGAGAAAGUGGAUUCCCACUCAAUGCUAUGUACAGUAAACCAGCACCCGGAGCUGAAGAUGAAACUCUCCGCCAAUAUCUACAGCAGCUUCGACAAGAAACCGGUUUGAGGAUGUGCGAUAAAGUCUUUGAUUGCCAGUCUGAUAAACCUAGCAAGUGGUGGUUGUGUUUCGCAAAACGGAAGUUCAUGGACAAAAGCCUUGCUGCCCCAGGCCACUAGGACAACGAUACCAACAACAAUAACACCACUAGCAAUAGUGGAAUGAGUAGAGGAGGACCCUUACCCCUAACUCCCUGCUCUGGUCUUUCUAUUAGAUCCUUGUUCGAAGACCCUCUACCCUACUUCGACUCUAUUUUUUAAAAAUGUGAAUGCCACAGAAACCAUUUAACAAAUCCACUUGCAUCCAAGACAUCUCAAUGUCUUGUACUUAAGCUUACAUAGAUA